AUGACAAAAGAAAUUAGAUACUCGGUACGACCGGUAUCGUUUUGGAUGGAUAAGAUUUUGGAGAAGGAAAAUAAGCGGCCAUUAACCCAGGAAGCCGCGAAACAGGAACGUCAACUCAUGUCUGACAGUUACAUGGAAGAAUACCUUCCAUUCAAAUCCAGACCUGAAUUGUUGGAGGAAUAUAUUUCAACAGGGGGCAAUAUCAGAAUCGGCAAGAUUCUCGAAGAUCUUGAUUCAUUGGCCGGCUCCAUUGGUUACAAGCAUGCCGACACAAAGUUGCCUGGACCACCUACAGCCAUCGUAACAGCGUCGGUGGAUCGCAUGGAACUACUUUUGCCCAACAAUGUCGAAGACUUGAAAAUAUCUGGCCAUGUCGCCUACGUCGGCAGCAGCAGUAUGGAAGUUUUCGUCAAGGUGGAAACAAUGCAGAAUUACGAUCCGUCGUUUGUCUCCAGAGACGAACCCCCUGUGGAUUUUAUGGCCAAGCCUACCCCCAACACUGUAUUAUUCGCACGAUUUACCAUGGUUUGCAUUGAUUCGGUCACCGGAAAGUCGGCUAAAGUGAAUCCGUUAUACUUGGCCAAUGAUGAAGAAAAGAGCUUGUUCAAAUUUGCUCAAGACUCCAAAAUGCGAAAGCGCCUGGCCAGUGACACGGCUCUCAGCAAAGCACCGCCCACCGCCGAAGAACGUCUGGCGAUCCAUGAUCUGUAUAUGAAAUAUUCAAAGUUUGAUAAGAAAGAAAUGCUCCCCAAGGAAAUGGUGUGGAUGGAAGACACCUAUUUGCAAAGUGUAUUCCUGAUGCAGCCCCAGGAUCGCAAUAUUCACAACAAGAUUUUCGGUGGUUAUCUGAUGCGUCGCGCUUAUGAAUUGGCGCAUGCAACCGGACGCAUGUUUACCAAGUCUCAAAUUAGACUGUUGUCCUUGGACGAAAUCCUAUUCCGCAAAGCCGUGCCAGUUGGUACAUAUCUGAACCUUCAUUCUCAAAUCACUUACGCCCGGGGUGAUCCCGAAAAGUCCUUCGAAGUCAGUGUGACGGCCGAAGUCAAAGACGUCGACAACGACACAACCGACGUCACCAACACCUUCCAUUUCACUUUCGCCACUGCCGACAAACCCGUCCCUAGCAUUCUGCCGCGAACAUAUGCAGAAAGUAUGUCCUAUCUGGAAGGCAAACGCCGUGAUGAACAUGGUGUCAUGGCAAAGAAGGAAUUAUUAGAAUUAAUGGGCUGCCGGCCGCCUACUGUAUCCAUUCAAGGAUAA